AUGUGCACUUUUGCCAAGUUCUACGUGUACAGCACCUUGCUCCCUCAUAAUGGAAAAUACUUAAGAAGCACAAGUCCAGUCAGGAGUUCAGUUUUACAGACAGCAUUUGAACUCAAGACAGUGGAAAAAGAAAACAAGAUUGUUCAUAAUGACUUUAUCCAGUUUAAAACUGCUGGCUGUGAAGUGAAGGAGCACAAUCUGGGAAGAAAGGAAUUUUAUCAUGCUGAGUGGACUGACCUAGUGCUGGAGAGAAGACAUCAAGAUAAGAUCAGCCUUUCUGAACACAACAUCUGUCAAAAGGAGACAUAUGACAAGAGGCACAUGACAUAUUUCCUAAUCCAGAGAUCUCCUUAUCUGUGGAUGAAGCUUGGGUUCCUUGGACAGAAGAUGGCCACAUUUAAACUCCCUUACAAAGACGUUCUACCCGUUCAAAUGUUUGUGCCUAGGAAGUUUAUUCAGGACACAAGUAAUUCUGUAAGAGGAAUGAGGUCACAAGAGCUGAAAAACACCAUGGAGCCUGGAACAAGUUCAAGCCAAAAUGAAGGGGUGACGUCAGAAAUGAAGAAGAGAAUUCCAGAGCAGACACAGCCGUGCCAGAAGGAGUUCAGGGCUGCCAGUUUAGUGUCUCCACCUAAUGUCCUGCUGCACUCUGAAGCCUUAAGAAUUUAAACUUGGAGCCAGUGCUUCACUUUGGUGCUCUGGAUAUUAGGAAACCGUUAAUUAUUACAGAUGUGUGUUCUCCACCAUUUAGGCAUGAAAUUUAAAUUCUGUUAACUAAUUUACAAGCUUCCAGGUAGUUGGGAGAAACUAAUUAAAUUUCUGACUUGCAUGCCUUAUGUUUAGGAUUUGCAUGUUCUCUCAUCAUGUCUGCAUAUGCUAUCUUCCACAGCCGAGAGACAUUAAGACGAUAUUAAAUUGACAUUCUUUUGAGUGCAUGUGAGUAAAUACACUGCAAUGCACUGGCACAAUGGAAUAUUCCUACAUUGUGCCUAUACAAGACAGGCCACUUUACAUCGUGACCCUAAACCUAAACGUCACGGUGUAAAGAGGAUGGAUGAAUAUACAGGUGUCCCUAGUAAUUUUAUAUUACUACUAGCGAUUGAAUCGGGCUACAAAUUCUAUGUUUGUGAAAUCCAUACUUUCUCUUCAAAGAAUUGUUUUUCUAAGUCCUUGAAAUGAUUUUGUUAUCAUGGCACCGAUUUGUGCUUAAAAUAGACCUUUUCGACCGAUGUGAUGAAGAGGUGCCUGUUUAAACGGGGCUGCGAGAUGUGAACUCAGCUCUUUGGCGCACCUCAUUUGAUUUUUUCCGGCAAUCAA